AUGGCCGUCAUCAAGUCUUUCCUCACUCUCACCCUGCUCUUGGGCUCAACUCUCGGUGCUUGUGCUGCCGGCAACAAGACUGCUACCAAUGGCGUUGGAAGCACGCCCGCACAAAGACAUGUCAUUUCAAUCGACCAGGCUGACAGCCUCAUUGCUGCUGCCGUGAAGGAAGCCAACUCUGUCAUCCCUGAGAACAUUGCCAUUGUUGACCCCAGUGGCUUGUUGGUCGCUUUCCACCGCAUGGACAAUGCUUUCCCUGGCAGUAUUGACAUUUCGAUCAAGAAGGCCCGCACUGUCGUCCUCUUCAACGGUGCCUACUCAACAGCGGACCUGACUGCCGCCGCUCAAGGUCCCCUUUAUGGUGUUGAGGAGACCAACGGUGGUCUUGUUGUUUUCGGUGGUGGUCUUCCCAUCUACAAGGACGACUACCUCAUUGGUGGUAUUGGUGUCAGUGGUGGCUCCGUCGACCAGGAUGUCCAGGUCGUCAAGGCUGCCAUUGACUGGUUCAGCAACUCAACCCUGUCGGGCUACUAG